CGGGCGGAGAGUUGUUCACAUUCCACCCCUGCUCCUCUCGCUCGCUCUCCGCCUCCCCGUGGAAGCAGCAUCGCCACCUGACUCAGGGACACAUCAGCGCGGCCGGCCGGUGCGGAGUGACGCCACCGCGAACUUGCUCGGUGCCCGCACUCGGGAAAAUUUGACCAGUUUUGAUUCAUUUUUGACGAGUUUUGAUCGAACAAACAAAACAAGAUGGCCUCAAGCGGAACCAUUUUACCUUCAUUCUCCACUUUUUCCAUGCAGAAGGAAGAAGUUUGGAAGGGACCCCGAAAGGACGAUGAGGACUUGGAUACCUUUCUGGACUUGGACUUUAUCCUGGCGCACAGUGUGAGCGCAAACACUACAGCGUCCUCUGAGGCUGCUGCGGCCAACUCUUACCGGACUCUGGAAAGCGGGGCUCCAGGGUGCCACCAGCAGGACUACGCUUCCCUGCCAGACCUGGGCACCGCCACUCACGCGCCUCACCCUCCGCCACCAUACAACAGCCUUAUGACCGAGCUGCUUCAGUGCGACACGGAGCUCAACCGUUUCCAGUUUGUAGGUUCGGGCUCUGGCAUCCAGGGCGGCUUCUUGAUCAGCUCGGCAGCUUUCCAGGAGUCAUCGAGACCGGCUCUCAACUUGGGCCCUGCCUUCUCAGACUCCUUCCUGGAACACCCAUGCAUCAAGCCGGAGCCUGACUCCUACGGGCCUCUGGUGGGCAAUGUGCCGCAGACCUUCAGCAAGGUGAAGCAGGAGGGCAACGUGGCGUCGUGCGUCCACUCGCACCCACAGCCCCGCCUCGCUUGCUUGCCCCCUCAAGGCACCGGAAACCUGACACCACCCCUCAGCCCCAAUGAAAUGGCGACCUUCCCGCAGAACUUCAACCACCAGCAGCACCACCAUCACCACCUUCAGUUUCAGUUUUCCUCCGGGGCGCACUGUCACUUUCCCGCCUUGUAUGAGCAGCCGCAGCAGCAGCAAUGCGCUGUCAGGCAGUGCGCACUGCUGACUCCGCCCUCGUCGCCGCUGGAUUUGAUUGACAGCAAGCCGAGGAGAGGGCGGCGCGCCUGGCCCCGUAAGCGCACUGCCACCCACACGUGCACCUACACCGGAUGCGGCAAGACCUACACCAAGAGCUCGCACCUCAAGGCACACCUUAGGACGCAUACGGGAGAGAAGCCGUACCACUGCACGUGGGAUGGAUGCGGCUGGAAGUUUGCCCGCUCUGAUGAGCUGACGCGCCACUUCCGGAAACACACCGGACACAGGCCUUUCCAGUGCCACCUGUGCGAGCGCGCCUUCUCGCGCUCCGACCACUUGGCGCUGCACAUGAAGAGACACAUGUGAUGCACGUGCCGAUCCCGCAGACGGCACAAUAAAUCUAUUUUUUAUUUUUUAUUUUUGUAUUUAAAAACGUGUUGUCCUGAAUUAAAAAGUGUAACAAAUGACAAGUCAGCAGCACGUGAUGUUGGAGGGAGCUGGUACUCCUGCGACAUCAUGUCUGGCACGUGUGUACAGCUGUGGAUGCAAAAAUGACAGCAAGAAGACAAGGUUUUGUUGCAAAACUGCUUUUCAUGCAGCGUGACGGCGCCCCCCACAUGGACAGAAAACACUUUCUUGUAUAAACCAAAAGAAAAUGUAAAUAGUAAUAUUUUUAUGCACAUCAUUAAACUAAUAACAGAACAAACAA